GCGGUUUGUCAUUUCACUAAGCGCACAUUACUCAGUGCGACGUCAACGUUCAUCCAUUUUCUUACUUAUGAUAAAACGAGCAGCAAUCGUCGUGUUUGACAUCGUCAUUAGCGGCCAGUGGGGGCGUAAGCUCACUCUGAAAAGGGCAAUCAAUCACGCACAGACGUCUGACGACAAGCUGUGGUAUAUAAAGGUGCUUGUGUAAGGACCUGGACACGGCUGAAGUGGGACAAGCGAUGGCGAAGAUGCCUGUCCGCUGCUUCAUCUGUCUGACGGUCCUGAUGACAGUCGGUCUGUCCUCCGCCGUUGUGGUUGUCACAGGGGUCUGCAAGAGUGACUCGGAGUGCAUGGCUGCCAAAGGAGACGGGUCUUGCUGCGCCGCCAUGAGCCCCGACCCGCUGUUCCGCGGGGUGCCGGUGUGUAAGAUGACAGGUCAGGAGAAGGAGCCGUGUCACGUGGCCUCUAACGUGCUGCCCUACCCUCUGCCCAGUCCCCGGAUCUUCUGGCGCUGUCCCUGCGGCCCGGGGCUGCGCUGCGUCGCGCCCAGAGGCGGGAAGGUCGGCCGCUGCAAGAGGGAGAGUCAGGCCUUCAGCGGGGGGCUGGACGGAGAGGAUCUGGUGGUUUAAAUAGAACAGGUUCAUUGUAAAUUCAAGC